UUUUAUAUUGGACAUAGAGCGUUUUAGCUAUACUGUGAUAGAGCCUUCAUCUUUAUAAAUAUCAACAUUUUUGAAAAUUCAGUAAAAGUUGUACGUAAUUUGGAAAAUGAAUUUUAUUAUUUCGUUAAAAUAUAUUUUUGUAUUCAACACUCCAUUAUCAAUUAUCUUAAGAAAUUGCGUUUAGAACAGAAUCCCGCCUAUUUUGUCUAAUUCAUAACCUAACAAAUGCGUUUUUUGUUGUCAUGAGAACAUUUACAAUAUAUUUUCUUUGGUUGUAGUAUAUAAAACUAUAUUUCUGUGCAUGUGUUUAUUCAUUAAAUAUGAAUUGACUUUCAAAAUACCAAAAUAGUUAUGAGUGCAUAUAAGUAAUAAAAUGGAUCAAAUUGUUUCUCAUCAAAAAGAUGGGAAAGACAAUGAUUCACCCAUCAGAGACAAAAUAUUCGACCCUUCAGUUGAUAUGUUGGUAAAUGAUUUUGAUGAUGAACGUACACUUGAAGAGGAAGAAGCCUUAGCUGCUGGAGAAUCCCAUGAUCCAGUCGCUGAGUUAUCAAACUUGCAAAAAGUAUGUUUGUUUUUCUGCCUCUUUUAUGAACUUAUAACUGAUGAUUAUGUAUUUUUUCAAGCUGUGUCCCGAGUUAGUGAAGAAGAAGAGGAAGAUUAUGAUUAUAGCCCAGAUGAAGAUGAGUGGCGUAAGGUUAAUAAGACCAUAAUGGUUGGAAGUGACUAUCAAGCUCAAAUACCGGUAGGACUAUGUCACUAUGAUGAUGCACUUCCAUAUGAGAAUGAAGAUAAACUCCUCUGGGAUCCUUCUGUGAUGCAAAAUGAGAGAAUUGAAGAUUUCCUGAAAAAGGCCUAUACUAUCACAAAACCACCUAUUCCAAUUGGUACUCAACUUCGUGAUGAUGAACAAGCCUUGUAUAUGCUUCAGCAAUGUGGUCAUAAUGUUGAAGAAGGCUUGAGACGUUUGAGAAUUACAGUACCAGCUAAUGGAGCAGAAAAUAUGAACGAAUCUCUUUGGUCUGAGGAAGAAUGCCGAAAUUUUGAGUCAGGUGUCAGAUGCUUUGGCAAAAAUUUCCAUAAGAUUCAGCAAGAAAAG